CACAGCUUCAGUCUUAGAGCACCAGCUGGUGAGCAAUGCAAGGAGCAGGCUGGUAACCAACUUACAUCAUCAUUCAACAUGAGGAUAACCACAGUGCCAAUGCUUCUGACCCUGGCUGUUUGUCUCAUACAAGAUGCUGCCAGUGAAGAUGUUAAUCAGGAAACAUGCAGUGAAUUUCGAGUGUUGAUGAAAAAUGGAAAACUGUUCUGUUCCCAAGAUAAAAAACCUUUUCAAAGUCCUGAUGGAAUAAUGUUUGUCAACAAAUGUGCUAUGUGCAAAAUGAUAUUGGAAAAAGAAGCAAGAUUCCAGAAAAGGUCUAGGCUUUUAACAAGAGCCUCCAGGGCUACUGCCCCAGGAAAGUUGAAUUGUGAUGAUUUCAAGCAAGGAGAAAGGGCUGGGGAUUUUAUCUGUACCCUUGGUGGUACAGCUGUCUGUGGCACAGAUGGGAAAACAUACAGUAACAGAUGUGCGCUGUGUGCUAUGAAUGCUGAAACCAGAGCUCAAGUUGGCAUAAAAAGUGAAGGAGAAUGUGAGAACAAGAAGCCAGAGCAGGAUAUAUGUAGUGAUUUUCGGCCUUAUGUGAAGGAUGGAAGACUUGGAUGCACAAGGGAAAAUGACCCAGUUCGUGGUCCUGACGGAAGGACGCACGGCAACAAGUGUGCAAUGUGCGCGGAGCUUUUCUUAAAAGAAGCUGAAGAAAAUGCCAAGCAAGGAAAUGAAACUAGAAUUCGACGUAGUGCCGAAAAGGAUCUUUGCAAGGAAUAUGAAAACCAAGUGAGGAAUGGAAGACUUUUCUGUACACGGGAAAGUGACCCUGUCCGUGGCCCUGAUGGCAGGAUACAUGGCAACAAAUGUGCCCUGUGUGCUGAAAUUUUCCAACGGCAAUUUUCAGAAGAAAAAAAUAAAGCAGAUGAAAUCUUGAGAGAGGCUAAUGAAAAAGUUAAAAGAGAUACUGAGAAACUGUGCAGUGAGUAUCAGGAUCGUGCCAAGAAUGGAGUACUUUUCUGUACCAGAGAAAACGACCCUAUUCGUGGACCAGAUGGGAAAAUGCAUGGCAACCUGUGUUCCAUGUGUCAAGCCUUCUACCAAGCAGAAGCUGAAGAAAAGAAAAAGGCUGAAGCAAAAGCAAGAAGUAGAAGAGAAUCUGGAAAAGCACCCUCAUAUGCAGAGGUGUGCAGUGAAUACCGCCAGUUUGUGAGAAAUGGGAAACUCCCGUGCACCAGAGAGAACGAUCCCGUCCAGGGCCCAGAUGGGAAGAUGCAUGGCAACACCUGCUCCAUGUGUGAGGCCUUCUUCCAAGCAGAAGAAAAAGAAAAGAAAAAGAAGGAAGGUGAAUCAAGAAAUAAAAGACAAACUGAGACGACACCUUCCUUUGAGGAGCUGUGCAGCGAAUACCGCAAAUCCAGGAAGAAUGGACAGCUUCUCUGUACUCGAGAGAACGACCCCAUCCAGGGCCCAGAUGGGAAGAUGCACGGCAACACCUGCUCUAUGUGCGAGGCCUUCUUUCAGCAAGAAGACAGAGCAAAAGCAAAGGCUAAAAGAUACGAUACAAAGGAACUCUGCAGUGAGUUUCGGAACCAGGUGAGGAACGGAAUGCUCAUAUGCACCAGGGAGAAUGACCCUGUCCGUGGCCCGGAUGGCAAAAUGCAUGGAAACAAGUGUGCCAUGUGUGCAAGCCUGUUCAAACUUGAAGAAGAGAAGAAAAAUAAUGGCAAGGAAGAAAAGGAUAAAGCUGGGUUUGCGAAAGCUAAGAGAGAAGCAGUACAGGAACUCUGCAGUGAGUUUCGGAACCAGGUGAGGAAUGGAAUGCUCCUGUGCACCAGGGAGAAUGACCCUGUCCGUGGCCCGGAUGGCAAAAUGCAUGGAAACAAGUGUGCCAUGUGUGCAAGCCUGUUCAGACUUGAAGAAGAGAAGAAAAAUGUUGGCAAGGAAGAAAAGGAGAAAGCCGAGACUGAGAAAGUUAAGAGAGAAGCAGCACAGGAGCUGUGCAGUGAAUAUCGUAACUACCUGAGGAAUGGACAACUUCCGUGCACCAGAGAGAACGACCCCAUUGAGGGCCCCGACGGGAAAAUCCACGGCAACACGUGCUCCAUGUGUGAGGCCUUCUUCCAGCAAGAAGCAAAAGAAAAAGCAGCAGCUAAAUCCAGAAAAGCUAAGAGAGAAGCUGAAAAGGAUGCAUGCAGUGAAUUUCGGAGUCUUCUUCAAAAUGGAAAUCUUUUCUGCACUCGAGAAAAUGACCCCGUGCGUGGCCCAGACGGCAAGACCCAUGGCAACAAGUGUGCCAUGUGCAAAGCAGUCUUCCAGAAAGAAGAUGAAGAAAGAAAGAGAAAAGAAGAGGAAGAUCAGCGGAAUGCUGUGGGCCAUGGUUCCAGUGGUGGUGGAAGAGGGAAAGCUAAGGACCAAUGUGCUGAAUAUCGGGAAAAAAUGAAAGAUGGAAAACUCAGCUGCACUCGCGAGAGUGACCCUGUCCGUGACGCAGAUGGAAAAUCAUACAACAACAAGUGUGCCAUGUGUAAAGAGAUACUGCAAAGAGAAGCAGAGGAAAAAAACAAGCAAUCUGUCUACAGAUCAAAUGGGACUGAUUCAGCAUCAGGAAAGGAUGUAUGUGAUGAGUUUAGAAAUCAAAUGAAAAAUGGAAAGCUUAUUUGUACCAGAGAAAGUGACCCUGUGCGAGGUCCAAAUGGAAAGACACAUGGUAACCAGUGUGCUAUGUGCAAGGAAAAGCUGGAAAGGGAAGCAGCUGAAAAGAAAAAGGAAGAGGAGGAAUACAUGAGAAACACAACCGGAAAGGACAAUGAAAAACAGGAUCAGUGUCAUGAGUUCCGGAACAUGGUGAGAGACGGAAAGCUUAUUUGCACCAAAGAAAACAACCCUGUUCGAGGCCCAAAUGGCAAGACGUAUGCCAACAAGUGUGCUAUGUGUCAGAGCAUCUUUGAGCGAGAAGCUAAAGAAAGAAAAAAGAAUGAAGAAGAACGAUCAAGAGCCAAGCCCUCAAAUGAUGCAAAGGACCAAUGCAGAGAGGUUCGGAAUGAAGCGGAGGAUGGGAAGUUUAGAGAGUCUGGGCGUUCCUUGGCCUCCAUUGCCAGGAUAAGUGCAGAUGAGUGCAGUACCUUUCGGCAGCAUGUGUGGAAUGAUGAGCUCAUGUGCACUAGAGAGAAUGACCCUGUGCUUGGUGCUGAUGGAAAGUUAUACAAAAACAAGUGCUACAUGUGCAGGAGUAUCUUUGAAAAAGAAGCUUUGGAAAGGAUAAGACUUGAAGAAAAACCAUCCUACUUUAGAUCUUCUGAAGAGGAAGACAGCCCAGAUUCUUCCAUUUCUUCUCUGAAUUCUGAGAUGUGCAAACACUACCGAAUAUUACCCAGGAUGGGUUACCUUUGUCCAAAGAAUUUACAGCCUGUCUGUGGUGAUGAUGGCCAGACAUACAACAAUCCCUGCAUGCUCUGCCAUGAAAAUCUAAUACGCCAAACGAAUACACACAUACGCAGUAAAGGAAGGUGUGAGGAGAACAGCAUCCAAGAAACAACACCUCUUGACGUCAAAUGAUGCAAAAGUUGGUAAAAAGCCAUGAGGGAAAAUGUACACCCCAAUUCUGAAUUACCUACCUUCACCAUCUGUACAUACAAAGAAUUCUCCAGAGCUCAUCUUAUUUACUAUUCAAAGCAAUACAGAACUGUUGGGGGAAUGGACUCACUGACUUUCAGUCUAUUCCAUCUCUUUCCUCCUAGAUUCUGUGAUCUAAGGGCACAGAGACAUCUUAACCAGUUUGUGCUGUGGAAGCCUUCUGAUCACAAUGCUGUCUGUUCAACUGCUUGUUCAAUAAAAGUAAACCCAGCAGAAUGCCA